CAGCUCCAAUUCCAACGCGCCUCAUCAAGGAACACCGCCGUCGACGUUCCCGGCAGCGCGAACACGUCUCUUCCCGUUACACAACACCCCAAAAUCCCUACUACCACGACCUCGACCGCUCUCCUUGCCCGCGCAGCGACUACUACCGUCCGCAACGCGAGGACUCGCCAGAAACUCGUCGGCUCAGGUUAGUGGCUACGUGCGUGUCAGCCAUGGCGGAUCUCGAUGUGAGGGAGGAGCGCAAUGAUAGGCGCGACCGAGGUGGCUAUCGAGGAGGGAACAAGCGUCGUCGCGAUGAUGACGAAGACAACAACGCGUACCGUGACGACCGUCGCGGGCCUCAGCGACGUCGCCAUGACGAAGGCCCUCCGCGCCGCCGAUACGAAGAACCGCCGUUUCCUAAACUUCGUCGCCUGCUCUUGAACAUCGCCAGCUCCACCAAGCUGCCACAGGACGAGGCUAUCGAGAUUGCGAAGUACUUUGGUGAACAAUACGAUGAUGAGCGUCUCCGGUCCGACUUCUUUGACGUGUUCGUUCAACUUAUCAUCGAGCAACCGUUCAAGAUUCCGUUCGUCGCAGCAGUCGCUUUCUACGGAAACGAUGUCAAACCAGAGAUCACCAUGGAGGCUAUGAAGCGCGUUGGAGAUCGUGCCCAGGAGGCGCUGAAUGCUGGCGAGUGGAAGGAGUUCAAACUGCUUCUGAGGUUCUUCGCCUGUCUGCAGGCGCUGUACCAAGACGAUGGCGUCUUCACCUUUUUGAGCCAGUUGUUUGACACUGUCGUGGAUCUUCAGACAACCAAUGAGAAUGACACUGUCGGCAUCGAGCUCAUCAAAAUUAUCCUUCUCACGGUUCCGUACGCGUUGGUCGCUGGAGGAAGCCGCUUCCACGAACAAGCCAAGCAACUGCUGGCAAACACGGGCAUUGUUGCUAGUAACAUGGUUCCAAUCGAGGGCCUGAUCCAUUCCUAUGUCGGAGAUGAUGGCGACAAGCCAAUGGGCUAUCAUAGUGUGAUUGGUCUUCUGCAGGCGCAACUCACGAGCGAAUCCGAGUCCGGUUUCGAACUUCGAUGUCUUCCACGUUUCGACCCCGAGGCUUUGCGCAGGGUUAAGACGGAGGAUGAGACUCUACCAACCGCUCCCCCAACCCACGCCUUCCCGACUUUCACCAUUCCGUCGCCUGUCAACCCAGGACCUAGGCCGAUCUUCCCGGAAGCCUACUUCUCUCUCUUUGCGGACACGGAAGGCUGCACUGUUCCCAAGACUUCCGACAUUGCUUCGUCCUUGAUUCGAGAUGGUAUCGUCGACACGAUCAAUCAGCUAGACUUCAACCGGGAAAUGGUCGCCAAGUUCCUUGUAGAUUUGGAUUGCUACUGGUCUAUCGACACCUUUGCCAAGCGCGGGACACCUUUCGACAAGUUCCGUGAUGCAGUCAGUGAGAAAGUUCAGUACAAGUCUGAGGACAUGAUUAUCGACGCCGUCUUUUCGCAGUUGUUCAAACUGCCCAGCGCUGAGCACAAGCUUGUCUACUACCAUGCGCUCAUCACGCAAUGCUGUAAAGUCGCUCCGGCCGCCAUCGCCCCGUCACUUGGACGAGCUAUCCGUACCAUAUACACCAGCUUGCCCGUACUGGAUCUUGAGCUGGGAUACCGAUUCCUGGACUGGUUCUCGCAUCAUCUGAGUAACUUCGAAUUCCGAUGGAGAUGGACGGAAUGGCUUGUUGAUCUCGAGAUCUCGAAUUUGCAUCCAAAGAAGGCUUUCAUCCUUGCUGCGCUUGACAAAGAAAUUCGACUGUCGUUCGCUAAGCGUAUCCGAUCGACCUUGCCCGAACAAAUGCACUCCAUGAUCCCAGAGCGAUUGGACGAAGACAACAGUCCAGACUUCAAAUACGAAAACCAGGAAACGCCAUAUGCUGUUGAAGGCCAAACACUGCUUCAUCAGCUGCGAAAGAAGGCUUCGGCGGAGGACAUUCAGGAGACGAUCAACAAGAUCCACGAAAAAGCCCUCGAAGCAGGUAUCGCCGAGGUCCUCGUCCCAUCAACCGACGCAUUCGUCACCGCCAUCUGCCGACUCGGUGCGAAAUCCCUAUCCCACGUACUCUCCUGCAUCGAGCGGGGCAAAGACCGCCUGCUCGAGAUAUCCCAAAACGAAGUCGCGCGCCGCCAGAUCGUCGCAAGCGUAGUAGAAUACUGGAAAGACCAGCCCGGCGUCGCAGUCCGAAUCAUCGACAUCCUGCUCAACUACACGAUCCUCGCGCCCAUGACGGUAGUACAAUGGGUCUUCGGCAGCCACAUGGGCGCCGGCGAAGCUCUAACGGAAAGCUGGGUCUUCGAAAUGGUAUCCAACACCGUCGCCAAGGUGACGAAUCGUAACCGCCAGAUCGCAUCCGCGCGCUUGCAAAAAGGCCUGCCGCAGGAACAGAUGGAGAUGGUGGAGGCGACGCUGGCUAAGGACCGCGACGCCGCGCGCGACCUGUUCAAGUAUAUUGAGGAUUCGAUGCGCGGCGUCGCGGAGGGCGCUGCGGACGUCUUGCAGGAGAAACAGGCUACUGGCGCGCUUACGGAUGAUCAGGUUGCGCUUAUUCGCGCGUGGGGAAAGCGCUGGCAUACUGUCUUUGUGCGCAAGGCGCAGGUCGAGGAGUCGGUUGUUGGGGAGGAUGCGGUCGAUGCCCGUAUUCGAUUACUUGCCGCUGAGCCGGAUGAGGUUAUGAAGGAGGAAGAUGGUGGGGAGGACGUCGUUGCUGCUACGGAUGCGGAGGCGCAGAUGUCGCUCUUGUAGAUGGGGGGGUUCUCUUUCUUAUCUACUACUUCCUCUGUUUCAUCACGCGGCUUUGAUGGGGUGGAAUGGAAAUUAAAAUCGCCGGGGCUGAUGAGGCUGCGAGCGGCGUUUCUGGGAUGGAGUGCACUUUUUCUUUAGAGCAUGCUGGGUGCUUACGGCAUGGGAAUGGGGAAAGGAAUGGGAACGAGGCUCAAGAAGUGUAUAUGUAUAGUAUAGUACAGCAUAGCCUAAACUUUUCUGGUCC